GCUAAAUUUUCCUCUUUCAAGACAUCGCAACCGCACAUUUAGAGUAGUUUCACAAUAUCGUAUCCACGACACCUGAAGUUAUUAGUUGGCACAAUCACAGUGCAGUGGGGACAUCUAGCGAUUAUGCAUAGCAAUGCAACUUAUAACAAGACAUCCUUCCGAUGACCCUAUAAACGCAGUGUUGAUCCUAUUUUAUUGUUCUGUUAAAUUACCCAAGUGUUAACUUGGCAAUGGUUAACUAGUUGGAUUAUCUAGUGACCUUAGCACAUGAACUUGUGAACAUAGCGUUGUUAAAUCAAACCAAAUCGGAUAGGAGUCUCUAAUAACUACUCUAACGUGAUAGAUACUGACAGUGUCUCCCUAGCUUUCUGCACCAGAAGGGAGAAGAUGUUCUUCUAUGCUGUAGCUGGCGUGACCUUGGGGUUGGGACUGUAUUGUGUUAUCAGCAUGGGACGUGCCAAGUCACCAAGGAGGUCCAGACCAAGUCUAGUCUUCACUGUUAUGUACUGGCUGUACACAAAAACACCUGUAGGGUACUGGUACCACCACCAUCUUCUUACUAAGGCAAGGGAGAAACAUCCAGAUGGCCACUCAGUUACAUCAGCAGUAAUCUUUAGAGACUUAAAGGUCCAGCCUGUGGCCAUUGUCUCAGAUAACUACAGCUAUGUUGUGAUGAACACCAAGACAAGAACUGCAGUUGUUGUGGACCCUUCUGAUCCAGAAGCAGUCCAGGCCUGUUUGAAGCAAGAAGGUGUACAGCUUGCAGCUGUGUUAACAACUCACAAACACUGGGACCACAGUGGAGGGAACCACACUUUAAAGAGGAUGUUUCCAGGUCUGUCCAUAUAUGGUAGUGCUACCGAUGGAGUCCCAGCUCUUACUAAUCCAGUACAGGAUGGGGAUGUAGUACAGGUAGGAGGGUUAGAGUUCCAUGUCCUGUCCACUCCUGGACACACAGUCGGCCAUGUGGUGUACCGGCUGGACGGAGCACCGUUCCAGGCUCCUGACUCAAUCUUCACCGGAGAUCUCCUCUUUAUUGGGGGCUGUGGUCGAACAUUUGAGGGUGAUGCAGCCACCAUGCUGAAGUCUCUGGAGAAGGUCAGCAGCCAGCCAGACAACACAAUCAUCUGGCCAGGGCAUGAGUACACACUGGAGAACCUGCUGUAUGGAGAGACAAUAGAUGGAGACAAUGAGAACAUCCGGGAGAAGCUGAGGUGGACAAAAGAAAGAAGAAAAGCAAAGAUGGCCACGUGCCCAUCAACAGUGGGAGAUGAGAAACAACACAAUGUGUUCCUGAGGACCAGGGACCUGGCAGUGGCUGAAGCGGUCGGCAUGGAAACCAGAGGAUUGACAGGUGUGACAGAAGAGUUCCAGGCCAGUGUCCUUGCAGCCCUCAGGGAGAGGAAGGACAAGUUCAAGAUCUCAACAUAAAGAUGCUGAGGAGUUAAAUGUUCUGACUAAUGAUGCUUCUGUAGGCACACGGUACAUGUUGCUGUAUGUAUGUAUAGCAUGACUGCAUUUCUUGGUUACAUUUUUGCUCCCUUAGACAAAUGCAGAGAAAUACUACCAUACUACAGAUUGCAAUGCUGAAAGUGUCAAAAUUAUAUUUUGUUAUCACAGAGUUACUGUGAUAAUUAAGAACUCAUGCAAUAUGAACAUCACAGGCUUAUUAAUUUCCACCUAAUAGCCAUUUAUUGUGAAAGCACUCAUAAACGUGUACAGCAAGUUAUGUGUUAAGGUAUCUAGUCUAUGUUCACCAAAUGAUUGAAUACUGAUCAUCUGAUCCCCCUCAAAUACAUGUAUAUACUUCAUUAUUGUAUGAUUAUUUCUAUGUAUCUGGAGUUUUUGAUAUGAAAAAUGUAUACUAGUAUUUGGGACAACUGCACAGCUUCUGCAUCAUGGAAUAAUGGCUUCCUUAACUUGACUUAAUCUUAUACUAAGUACCUUACACCUUAGACCCUCCCACAACAUAAGACCUACUUAAAAACUUCAUGAAUGUAUGUACCCAGUUUGCUAUGGCUCUAUAAAAUGUUAUAUAAUGUUAUGUAUAUAUAUAUACACUCACUAAUUUACUUCCAUAUCAAAUUUUAUGAAGAGUUGAUGACUACAACAACUAUGAGUACAUACGAUGGUCAAGGUUAUUGUGACAGACAAGUAUAUAAAAUAAAAUCUUUAUCUUAAUAAGACAGAAACAGCUAACAAAUUUCCCACAGUGUUUAACGUUAUUUUUCAAAAGUCAGAAAGCGUGGUUCCUGAAAACACCGUGAAAUUGCACGUGCAGGCCGCAUGCAAAGCAUACUACCAAUUAUUUUUGUUACAUAAUGUGUGUUUUUGAUCACUUAAAUGUACAAAGUUGUCACAUUCGACAUCAGGUGUUCAGAUAUUGUAAGCAGCAUCAGAAUACAAUUAUACCAAAAAUGAAAGUGGACUGAUGCCAUAAGUGUUGUGUCUAUGAUCAUGUGUGUGUGCACAAACUGAAAGGUACUUAGACUGCCUCAGGCUCUGUGACACUAUG